GCGACCAGUUUCCAGUUCCGUGCUUAUUAUCAAUCAAGUAACACACAUCACAUCAGAUCACAUCACGUUAAAAUGGUCCCAAAGUUCGCUCUGGUCUGCUUGGUAGCCUGCGCCUUUGUCCAGGUUGCCCUCUGCGAUGCUCCCACUGACUCCAUGCAACUGCCUUCUUUACAAGAAGUUAAGGAUAAAGCCGAUGAGGCAUUGAACAAUGUCCAAACUGAAUUCCACAAAUUGGUUGGUGUUCAAAACAACGAAGAAUUAGUCAAGAAAAUCAGUGAUGGAACUGACCAACUCAAGGACACUCUUUCAAACUUCUUGGGAAAGCUCAACACUGAAGUUAACGAGCACGGAAAAGGAUUCAAAGACCUGUUGGCUUCAGUAACCACCACUUUCAACGAAAAAGUCCGCGAACUUGAGCAACAACAUCCUGAUGUGAAGAAACAAGCCGAUGAGGUAAAAGCUAAAUUCCAAGAAACUCUGCAGACCGUUGUUAAUGAAGCGGGAAAAUUGACUAAAGAACUCGGAAAAAGUACUGAAGGCAUGAACGAGCAAUUGAGCAAUUUAACUAAAGAAGUUUUGACCCAAGCCCAAGCAGUGGCCGCCGACGUGCGUUCCAGUGUCGACAAAUUCGCCAAAGAACACGAAGCCACCCACACCGGCCACUAAUUAUAAACAGAAAACCUUCUGUGAUCAU